AUGCCCCUGAUAGGCUGGUUUGGUGCAAAUCAAACCAGUUUUACCAAAUCAGGGCGCCGCUUCCGGAUUUUCCCAUCUCUUCUUAAUAGAGGAAACUGUUCUCUCGUAAUAAAUCCAGCUAAAAGCAUCGACCGUGGCACUUAUGAAGCUCGAAUCACAAUUGAUGGAAUUCUCUAUGAGCCUGUGCCUAAAGUGAGAGUUCAGAUCAUGGGAAUAGAGACAGAAAGAAAUCUUCCAGAGGACGGACAGAAUGACCAGGAAGAAAAUCAAGAAUCAAUCGAUCGUCCAUUAAUCCGGAUCAAGAGAGAUGAACCCACUAGCAGCAAUGGCGAAAUGAAAUAUAUUAUUAUUGUCUUUUUCCUUGCUGCAGUUUUAGUGGUUGAGGCCAUUGGAUGGUACAUGUAUUACAAGCUGAGGAAGAAGAUGGAUCCCAGUGACGCUGAGUGGCUCAUUGUUACUGGGAAAUCCAGGAGAAAAGCUACUGCUAUUCCUGCAUCCCAGGAAACUGAGACAAAGACUAAACCAAAGAAACGGAAAAAGAAAGCUGUGAAAAUUAAAGUGGCAGACACAAAGGAGGAGGAAGAAGAUGAAGAACCGGUAAAACCUCCUAAAAAGCCUGCCAAGAAACCUUCCAAGAAACCUCUCCGUAAACCUAAGAAACGUGCUGUGUCUAAAGUUUCUCAGCUAGAGGAGAGUGAAGCUGAAGAAGCUGACACAGAGGAGAGUGAAAUUGAAGUGGAAGAGAAGCCAAAGAAGAAAAUAAUUGAACCAAAGAAACCUAAGAAGAAAGCUGCCAAGAAAAUAAAAGUGGCAGACACAGAGGAGGAUGAUGAUGGUGAAAAACCAUCUGAACCUCCUAAGAAGUCUGCCAAAAAGCCCCUGCCUCCCAAGAAGCCUGCUCGUAAAUCUAAGAAACGAGCAGUGCCUAAAUUUGAGGAGGAAGAGGAGACUGAGGAAGAGCAGCUCGAGAUUAGCCAGUCAGAGACCUCUCAGACAGAGGAGAGCGAAACUGAACUGGAGAAAAAGAAGCCAAAACUGAAAAAGUGAGUUUCUGAGCUUGAAAUAGGGUUUUCUUAUUUAUAUUGCCGUUCGCUUUCCUGGAAUAUUUCUAACACACACACACCCCAUCAUGACACCUGUUAAACCCAAGGGCUUCAGGAAUGGGCCAGCAGUAUGUCCAGGGAUUUACUGAAUGUUUAUAGGACUUUAAA